UUCUUUGCUGCAGCUGGCCCCUGAAAACACCAUAAUGUCAUUUAGCAGAGCCCUGCAGCAUGGAGCUAGCUCUCUGGAAGCAGAUGUCACCAUCAGUGUGGAUGGAGUUCCUUUCCUCAUCAGGGACCAUACUUUAAGUCGGACUACAGACGUCGGUAAAGUCUUCCCCUCCAGAGAGCACGAAGAUGCCUCCUUCUUUAACUGGACAGAGAUUCACUCUUUAAAUGCAGGGCAUUGGUUUUUGGAGAGCGACCCCUACUGGACAGUAAAAACCUUGAGCACGAAGGAUCGCACCAGGAUAGCAAACCUGACAAUUUGCAGCUUGGUAGAUAUGCUACGUCUAGCAGCCAGAGCCAACUGCUCGGUGUUGCUCAACAUCCGCAAGCCUGCACCAGAUCACCCCCGCUUCCGCAGCUGGUUUAUGGACACACUGUGGACUCUGCAAAAAGCAGGGAUUUCCCAGAAAAAGGUGACAUUGAAUAUACAAAUCUUCUGGUUUUGA